AACAAAAACACAGACAAAAAAGCUCAGGCUGCGUUUGAAGGACGAGUCUCACGUUUGGAGCCUGAUGUGACUCAAAAGAACUGCAGCAUCAUCAUUAACGAUCUGAAAGAGUCUGAUUCUGGAUCAUAUCAGCUCAGAGUUACUGGUGAACUGAAUGGAAAACAAGAUGGAUUCACAUUCAUUCCAAGAUUAACUGUCUCUGUUAAAGGUCUUAAUCAGAAGCCCAGAGUAAUGAUUCCCACACUGACAGAGGGACAGCAGGCCACACUGACCUGCACUGCUCCUGGUCUCUGCUCUGGAUCUGUUCCUCAAAUCACCUGGACAUGGAGAGGAGCAGGAGGGACUGAAUCUUACAUUACAGGAAACAGCACUGCGUUUAAGACUGAGGGUCUGACUCCUUUCACACAAAGACAUGUGUCAACCUUGACCUUUAACCCUUCAUCUGAAAACCACAACACCAAUGUGACCUGUAAAAUACACUUCAUUGGCAAAAUAAUGAAAGAAGAGACUUUGGGUUUGAAUGUGAACUAUAUGAAAAAAGUUCAAAUUACUGGCAUCACAACUGUUAAAGAGGGAGACAAUCUGAAUCUGACCUGCAGUGUUGAAAGUUUCCCUCCAUCUCUGAUUUUAUGGUCUAAACUUGGUUCUGUCACAAACCUGCACAAUGACACUGGAUCAGCCAAACUUGCCAUCCAGAAUGUGACAACAGAAGAUUCUGGACAGUACAUCUGUACAGCAACACAUCUGGACACAACUAUGACUUCUUAUGUCAAUGUGACUGUGACUUAUAAAAGGAAACCUCAGAUCAUCGGGAAUACAACAAUCAGGGAGGGAGAUGUUCUGAAUUUGACCUGCAGUGUUGAAAGUUUCCCUCCAUCUCUGGUCAUGUGGUCUAAACCUACUUCUAACCCAAGCCGACACAAUGAAACCUACACUGACGCGCACAAUGACACUGGAUCAUCUACAGUUGUCAUCCAGAAUGUGACAGCAGAACAGUCUGGACAGUACAUCUGUACAGCAACACAUCUGGACACAACUAUGACUUCUUAUGUCAAUGUGACUGUGACUUAUACAAGAAGACCUCAGAUCAUUGGAAACACAACUGUGAAGGAGGGAGAUGUCCUGAAUCUGACCUGCAGUGUUGAAAGUGUCCCUCCAUCCCUGGUUGUGUGGUCUAAACUUGGUUCCAACACAAACCUGCACAAUGACACUGGAUCAGCUACAUUUAUCAUCUCAAAUGCAACAGCAGAACAUUCUGGACAGUACAUCUGUACAACUAACUAUAUGGACUAUGCCCUGAAGGAAAUUCAACAUAACAGUGAUAUAUAAAAGGAAACCUCAGAUCAUCGGGAAUACAACAAUCGGGGAGGGAGAUGUUCUGAAUUUGACCUGCAGUGUUGAAAGUUUCCCUCCAUCUCUGGUCAUGUGGUCUAAACCUACUUCUAACCCAAGCCGACACAAUGAAACCUACACUGACGCGCACAAUGACACUGGAUCAUCUACAGUUGUCAUCCAAAUGUGACAGCAGAACAGUCUGGACAGUACAUCUGUACAGCAACACAUCUGGACACAACUAUGACUUCUUAUGUCAAUGUGACUGUGACUUAUACAAGAAGACCUCAGAUCAUUGGAAACACAACUGUGAAGGAGGGAGAUGUCCUGAAUCUGACCUGCAGUGUUGAAAGUGUCCCUCCAUCCCUGGUUGUGUGGUCUAAACUUGGUUCCAACACAAACCUGCACAAUGACACUGGAUCAGCUACAUUUAUCAUCUCAAAUGCAACAGCAGAACAUUCUGGACAGUACAUCUGUACAACUAACUAUAUGGACUAUGCCCUGAAGGACAAAGUCAAUGUAAAAGUGAUUUAUAGAAGGAAACCUCAGAUCAUCGGGAAUACAACAGUCAAGGAGGGAGAUAUUCUGAAUUUGACCUGCAGUGUUCAAAGUUUCCCUCCAUCACUUAUUAUGUGGAAAAAACUUAAUUCCACCACAAUUCUUCAGAAUAGAACUUACACUGUCCUGACCAGUGACACUGGAUCAGCUACACUUGUCAUCCAGAAUGUGACAACAGAACAUUCUGGACAGUACAUCUGUACAGCAACACAUCUGGACACAACUAUGACUUCUUACGUCAAUGUGGCUGUAACUUAUACAAGAAAACCUCAGAUCACUGGGAACACAAGUAUCAAGGAGGGAGACGAUCUAAAUCUGACCUGCAGUGUUGAAAGUUUCCCUCCAUCUCUCAUUAUGUGGUCUAAAUUGACUUCUGUCACAAACCUGCACAACGACACUGGAUCAGCUACGCUUGUCAUCCAUAAUGCAACCGCAGAAGAUUCUGGACAGUACAUCUGUACAGCUAAAUAUAUGAGUAACACUCUAAAAGAGGAAGUCCAUGUAACAGUGAUAUAUCAGAGAAAACCUCAGAUUAUCGGGACUACAACUGUUAAGAAGGGAGAUGUUCUGAAUUUGACCUGCAGUGCUGAGAGUUUCCCUCCAGCUCUUAUCACGUGGAAAAAACGUAGCUCCAACACAAACCUUCUGAGUGGAAAUUACACUGACCUGCACAAUGGCACUGGAUCAUCUACACUUGUCAUUCAUAAUGUGACAGCUGAAUAUUCUGGACAAUAUGUCUGCACAGCGAAAUAUCUGGACAAAGCCAUUACUAUACAUACCAGUGUGACCGUGACUUGGUUUUCAGAGACCCAGGAUGGCUCUGGAUGUGUGCUUCAGUCAGAGGUUUUGACCUGUGUGUGUAUCAGUGAAGGGUUUCCUUUACCUACCAUCAAAUGGCCGCUCCUAAAGAACCACACUGAGUAUUCUGUCAUUACUACGGUCUCUAAACACGCAGUCAACAGCACUGUCAGUGUAACUGUAAACAAACAUAGCAACAGCACUGUGGAAUGUGUGAGUAACAAUGGAAAUGGAGAGAAUAGAGAAAACCUACUGAUCCACCAAAACUUGCCUGAAAAACAUGAGCAAUCGUCUAAUUUAAGGCAGGGAUACAUGAAAGUCAUCAUUGGCAUUUUGGCUGCAGUACUUCUUUCAGCAAUCGUUUGCUGUUUUACCAAAAAUUGGUACAGAAAAAAUGAGAAGACCUCAAAAAAUUCAGAUGAGACUUUGGAGAUGGAGAAACAUCAAGAUGAUAAACUGCAGCAGUGCCAGGAAAGCAGCAAAGAGGCAAGAGAGGACAAAGACGGAGUAUGCUGAAAUCAAAAAAGCAGUAAAAGCAGAACAGGUAGAAGAUGCUUGAGAAGGAAAGGGAAAUGUUGGAGGCCAAAGAAGAGAAAGAGAUGGAGUUGGAGAUGAAACAUUGUCAACCAGAAAAAGAGGAAGGAGAAGAUGAAGCUGUGUACUCCACUGUGAAUGAUCCCACUUAUUCUACUGUCACUGUGUCUUUUUUCUUUAAAUAACCCAAAUAAAGUUCUCUGCAGGUAGUUAGACACUUCAUUAAGACACCGAAGUGUAUAUGUAAGAUCCCAAGGACCACCUCAAUGAUCUGUGCCCUAAGAUAUAAUGCGGUUUUCUUUUACAUGUUGUAUUUGACAAGAAUAAAUCUAUACUUUAAAUUUUCCAUCUAGUCA